AUGCAGUCUACAUGGUAUGCGACCGGCAACGAUGGUCUCAACUGUUACACUGGCCUAAGGCUGUACGACUCCACAAACCGGGUCGUGAAGGCUUGUCCUAGCGAAACACACGCUUGUCGCCGGAAAGUCACGUACAACUUCAAGAAACAGCCGAUCAGAGCGGAAUUCGACUGUCUGAGCACUUCAUACGCGGACGCCACGGUGGAAGAAUUGAACGAUUUCAGCCAGUCCAGGAUCGUGCGGAUCUGCAGGAAAGACCUAUGCAACGAGUUUCAAGCAGAAUUAUUCCGAGACGAGGUGGAUCCGAACUUUGGUGGUGUUCUGAGACCCAAGCUGAGAGAGGACACUUUCACACCAUCAGAGAACAAGACAAAGCAAUUGGAAAGACAGUUGAAUGAACUGAGGAAGAGUGUGGAGAUCAAUUCUGAGUUUUCUGACAGAGGUCUUUCCCUGAAUGAAGAGCAAGAGGCUGAUGCUGAUACAAGGUUCGGGAUCAAACCACCACCGAAACGAAAUCCAGCAAGAAGUGUUGGAAGAUUCGGCUCUUUGAUCACUUGGGCAACAGGUGUUUUGAUCAUUGGCAUUUUUCUGAUUUUCGCGAUUUGUGCGACAAUAUUCGUUUACCGGUAA